GUCUUGUCAAAGGAGUCAUAGCUCUUUUCCUCCUGGGUCUCUGCCUCCUUCCAGCCGGGACUUUUCUUUUGGCUGCUUCUCUGGAUGUUCUAGUAACCAUGAGCCGCCAAUUCAGCUCUCAGUCAGCAUUUAGCUCUAGGAGCAGGCGGUUCUAUAGCACAGGCUCUUCUGCAGGCUCUGGCGGUGGGAGUCGGGCUGUGGGGUCUGUGUGUCAGGUCCGAGGCAGGUGUGGUGGUGGUGGUGGUGGCGGGUAUGGGAGCCAUGCCAGGGGGUUUGGCUCUAGGAGCCUCUACAACCUCGGAGGCAGUAAAAGCAUCUCUAUUAGCUUAGUGGGAAGAAGUGCUAGUGGUUUCUGCCAGGGUGGGGGUGCAGGAGGGAGAUUUGGAGGAGGGGGCAGAAGUUUUGGGGGAGGUGGUUUUGGAGGUGGUGGCUUUGGGGGCGGUGGCUUUGGAGGUGGUGGCUAUGGAGGAGGUGGUUUUGGGGGUAGCAAUUUUGGGCUUGGGGGCUUUGGUCCUUCCUGUCCCCCAGGGGGCAUCCAAGAGGUGACUAUUAACCAGAGCCUCCUUCAGCCACUUCACUUGGAGGUGGACCCUGAAAUUCAGAGAGUCAAGACCCAGGAGAGGGAGCAGAUUAUGGUCCUCAACAACAAGUUUGCUUCCUUCAUUGACAAGGUGCGAUUCCUGGAGCAGCAGAAUCAGGUGCUGCAAACGAAGUGGGAGCUGCUGCAGCAGGUAAACACCUCUACUCGGACCAACAACCUGGAGCCCAUCUUGGAGAACUACAUCAGUGAGCUGCGGAGGCAGGUGGAUUUCCUCAACACCGAGCAGAUGCGCCAGAACAGUGAAGUUAGGAACAUGCAGGAUGUCGUGGAGGACUACAAGAACAAAUACGAGGAAGAGAUCAACCGGAGGGCCAACACUGAAAAUGACUUUGUCGUCCUGAAGAAGGAUGUGGAUGCUGCUUACAUGAGCAAGGUAGACCUGGAGUCCAAGGUGAAUGUCCUCUUUGGAGAGAUCAGUUUCCUGAAGUAUUUAUUUGAUAUGGAGCUGUCCCAGAUGCAAACCCAUAUCAGUGACACCAAUGUCAUCUUGUCUAUGGACAAUAACCGCUUCCUGGACCUGGAUAGCAUCAUCGAUGCAGUGAGGACCCAGUAUGAGCUAAUUGCACAGAAGAGCAAGGAUGAGGCUGAGGCGCUGUACCAGACCAAGUACCAGGAGCUCCAGAUCUCGGCGGGAAGACACGGAGACGAGCUGAAGAACAGCAAGAUGGAGAUCGCUGAGCUCAACCGCACCAUCCAGAGGCUACAGGCAGAGAUCGGCAAUGUCAAGAAGCAGCUUGAGCAGAUGCAUGUGGCCAUUUCGGAUGCAGAGGAGAGAGGAGAACAGGCCCUUCAGGAUGCACGGCAGAAGCUUGGGGACCUGGAGGACGCCCUGCAGCAGUCCAAGGAGGAGUUGGCGCGGCUACUGCGUGACUACCAGGCGCUACUAGGGGCCAAGCUGUCCCUGGACGUGGAGAUCGCCACCUACCGCAAGCUACUGGAGGGCGAGGAGAGCAGGAUGUCUGGGGAGCUGCAGAGCCAUGUGAGCAUCUCUGUGCAGAGCAGCCAGACGACCGUCAGCGGCGGGGGCGGCGGGGGCGGUGGCAGCCGUGGCUCUGGAGGCUACGGUGGCGGCGGCUAUGGGGGCUCCGGCGGCGGCGGCUCCCGUGGGAGCGGAGGCAGCUACGGCGGGGGCUCCCGAGGGGGCAGCGGAGGUGGUUACGCGGGUGGCGGCGGCGGCGGCGGGAGCUACGGAGCGAGCAGCCGGAGCAGCAGCAAGUACGCGGGCAGAGGCGGCGGCGGCUCCUCCCGCGUGCAGAUCAUCCAGACCUCCACCAACACCUCCCACAAGCGGAUCCUGGAGUAGAGGGAGGCUCACACACACCCCCGCCGGCAAGGCGCUAUCCUGUCCCCUCCCCCGCGCCCCUCCUGAACCCUUCUCACUUACCUUUCUCUCCUGGGUCUCAGCAGCUUUGCUAACACAUUCCACGCUAGAGGGGGAAGCAGGUGGAUAACCCCAAACUGCAGAUCUGGCUUUGGAGGGCGCUGGUUGGCGGCCAGAAUCACAGCCAGACGGCUCUCGGCUCAGACUCCACUCAGCUGGCCCUGCUCCUGCCCCAGGGGACACCCAGGGCCCCAGUUUAGCACUGGAGAAAGACAGCCUGUAGACUCUCCACCAAGCGGAUGAUGGAGAGUUAAUGUCAAGGAUAUCAGGUUUCCUGCAUCUUUCCUGCACCUGAGAUGCCCUGUGAACAGUAAUCCAUCCCUUAGGGGACCUGCAGAAUGAGGACUUUGGGCCAGUAGCUUGGCAAGACGAACCUCUGUGCCACGGACGCAUUCCUGUCCGUUGGUCUGUUAACCUCAUGCUUUCACGUCGGUGGAGAGUAUGGAUUUGCUGUCCUCAUCAGACACCACAAAGUCAUGUCUGGUCCUGAUUCUGCAUCUCUGUCUUAAGCAUUGUUCUCUGGGUUAACAGCCCAAGGUGGGAGCAUUUCAGAGGACAUGUGUCCUUGUCCCCUGGGAGGACUAAUUACUGGUGAAUAGAGGAGUCAGUGGGCAAGCAGUGGAGCUCUGCUCUGUCCUACCCCUCCUGCCAGUUCCAUUCUCUGUCAGUCUGGCCCUUCCUGAAUUCUGCUCCAUAAUGGCCUUCCUGAGAAUUGUCCAGGAGGCUGGGCACAUGCAGCCUAGCACUGUUGUGUCCAUGUGCCAGGCCCUGAGGAGUUGGAGGAUCAAGCAUGGGUCUCAGGAGGGUUCUAUCCUGACCAGUCUGGAAGCUGCUGGCCUGGUGUCCUUUCCUGGGGUCUCAAAGCCCCUCUGUUUUCCUCUUCUCUGUGACUGGGCACUUCCUGAGAAUUUGACCCUUCCUUUCAGGCCUUCACAGGUGUUUGCAAUGCGCUGGAGGGGACAGGAAGGGGAAACUAUCAGCCAAUGAGCGGGCCUGGAGAGGGGGAGGGGGAGGGCAGUGUUGCUUCUGAGAUCUGGAGUCACCUUCGCUUCCUUGCUGAGUCCUAACGCAGCCUCCAAGUCCGAGAUUCUGUUGGGACCUCAGACGGGCUCAGUGGGGGUCCCUUCAUCAUUUCCUGGUUGAAGGUUGUACCUUGAAGGGCUUGACAUUUUUGGUGUUUCUACAAUAAAAUUUUCUGUGACCUCAAACUA